CCCUUCAUCUCCCCCCACCCCGCCCCCAAUCUCUCCCCCCCCUCCUCGCCCACGGGCCCAGCCCAAAUACCCUCUCGCCCACAAACCCUAACCCUGCCUCCCCGUCUCACUGCCGCCCCUUCGCCGGUGGUCUGCUUCCGCCCCCUCCUACUCCGAGGUACAACGGGCCGCUAGUACAUCGCUACCUUCCUUUCGGAGGUAAUCGUGUUCCGUGAUGGAGGGGCGCGGGAAAACCCCGCUGAAUGUGGCGGAGGCUGUAUUGAAGAGGCCCAGGAGUGUCGCGUCGAGGAAACCGAGGCCCAAGGAUCAGCUCGCUUCCGAGUACAAGGACAUCUCGUGCGCAGCGUCAUCACGGAGCAUCUCGCCAGAUGAUGACACCGGCGUCGAGGGCAGUGGGCACCGCAGGAAGGAGCUGUACCUCAAUGGCCCUGAAAUGAGGGGCUCCGCAGAACACAGGGGUGAAGUGUCCAAGAAGGCAAGGAGAGAGGAUAGAGCUGGAGGAGACCAUGAUGUUGGUCACAACCGGAGCAGCAAAUCAAAGGAUUCCAAGCAUAGUAGUCAGGGUGUACUUGCACUGGCCUGUGCAAGAAACUCUGGAUCCCCUGAUAACUCACAGUUGCCCUCAGGAGACACCAAUGUGCCACCACAAAAUAGGGUGAGAAAACUAAAGCUCAAGGUUAGUGGACUUACGCGAACCGUACAUACGAAACCCAUCCAAGAGGCAGGUGAAGGUGGCACUCCUGGCACAUCAGAUGGCUCUUUUCACUGCGAUAAGCAAAAGGAUUCUGGUCAGCAGAAACAUCACAGCACAAACAAAGAUACUCAAGGUAAUCACAUUGAUGGAAAACAUGGAGAUAAACAUGGCAUUUCACCGCCUUCUGACCUUGUUCGCAAGAGCAAAAGGGUUCCUAAGAAAAGAACCCUUGAAUCUGAUGACGAAGACGGUGAAUUACGUUAUCUUGAAAAGCUCAAAGCGGCUAAAGUUGCACCAGAACAGACCAUAGCUACCGACCAUUCUGUAGCUUAUGAUUAUCUUGAGGAUGGUCUCAGGAAAAAGAAGCUAUCUAAGGUUUCUAAAAAUAGAAGUGCUCCAUAUGAAGUGGAUGACGACUUCACUGUGUCACAAUCUAUCAGGGAUGGUAGUAAGAAGUUAAAAUUGGGGGGCAACGAUGAUUUUAUUGAAGAGGAGGAAUCUGGGAGGGAUGAGCCAAAGGAAGCUGAUUCACCUUCAAGUGUAAAGAUUGAAACUCCUGGUCUUACAACAAGGCAGCGAGCUCUUCAUGGCAGGGGUGGCCAUGGUGAAAGUGUGAUUGAAUUUCCUGACGGGCUACCAACUGCUCCAUCAAGAAGGCAAGGGCAAAAGGAGAAGCUUUCAGAAGUAGAGAUACAAGCCAAAAAAGCAGAAGUGGCUCAGAGACGUAAGAUGCAAGUUGAGAAGGCAGAGAGGGAACAACAGACUGAAGCAAUGCGAAAAAUACUGGGAAUUGAUACUGAGAAGAAAAAGGAAGAGAGGAAACAGAAGGAGCGGGAAGACAAGGAAAAGCAAGCAAGAUUUGAGGAAUACAAAAGAAGCUGCAUCCAGUGUGUCAUGAGGCCAGAAGGAACUGUUAUUACCUUCCCUGAAAAGAUGGGCCUUCCUAGCAUAUUUAACUCCAAACCUAUCAGCUAUCCUCCUCCUAGGGAGAAAUGUGCAGGCCCAUCGUGCCCAAACCCUUACAAGUACCGCGACUCCAAGACGAAGCUUCCACUUUGCAGCUUGCAAUGUUACAAGGCUGUCCAGGGAAGCAAUGGGGCGCUAGCAUGCUGAUCUUACAUAAUGUCGCAACCCUGAACAUAAGGGGAGCUGGUAUACUGUACCAUUCUGUGGUGGCCAGCCUCUGCUGUUUCCGUGACGACUUAUUCCAGCUUGUCAGCUGUUUUCGUGACGCCUUACUAGUCGAAUGAUCAAACAGUCCGACAGCAGAUGUUCCUUGUGGUUUCAUGUUCCUUGUGAAUGUAGCAGGGCAUUCUAAAGAGUCUGGUUUAACUUUCUGGUCAGAUACUCGGUUGUAGUACUGCCAGCCAAUUGGUAAAGCUAGAAGUAACCAUUUAUUGUGCAGUAAUCUUCUAGUUCUA